AUUCUCGCCCGUUGCCCUCUGAGCCAAAGCAGAUCAGAUCAGAUCAGAUCCCCUUCUUUAUCUCCCACCUCCGUUUGCUGUGUCUAUCUUCUCCGAUCUAAUCGCUAUCUCCGAUCUCCCUCGCCGCAAAAAAUGGAGAACCUGAUUAAUCUCGUCAAUAAACUACAGAGAGCAUGCACUGCCCUCGGUGAUUUCGGCGAAGGAUCCUCUCUGCCUACCCUUUGGGACGCCCUGCCUACCAUUGCUGUCGUUGGUGGUCAGAGCUCUGGAAAGUCAUCGGUGCUGGAGAGCGUUGUUGGGAAGGAUUUUUUGCCUCGUGGAUCUGGGAUUGUUACACGACGUCCUCUUGUCCUACAGCUUCACAGAAUUGAUGAGGGAAGAGAAUAUGCAGAGUUUGCUCACCAACCAAGAAAGAGGUUUACUGAUUUUGCCGCUGUCAGGAAAGAGAUUGCUGAUGAGACUGAUCGUGAGACAGGUCGAUCCAAACAGAUUUCAUCAGUUCCUAUAUAUCUCAGUAUCUAUUCUCCUAACGUUGUGAACUUGACACUGAUUGAUCUUCCUGGUCUGACAAAAGUAGCUGUUGAGGGUCAGUCAGAUAACAUUGUGCAAGACAUUGAAAACAUGGUGCGGUCGUACAUUGAGAAGCCUAACUGCAUUAUUCUGGCAGUUUCUCCUGCCAACCAAGAUCUUGCUACAUCUGAUGCUAUCAAAAUUGCUCGUGAGGUAGAUCCGCAAGGGGAGAGGACUUUUGGAGUUCUGACGAAGAUUGAUCUUAUGGACAAGGGUACUGAUGCAGUUGAUAUGUUGGAAGGAAAAUCCUAUAAGCUGAAGUUUCCUUGGAUUGGUGUUGUCAACCGCUCUCAAGCUGAUAUUAACAAAAGUGUUGACAUGAUUGCUGCUCGGAGGAGGGAGCGGGAGUACUUUGCUAAUACUCCAGAGUAUAAGCAUCUUGCAAGUAAAAUGGGCUCUGAGCAUCUAGGGAAAGUGCUUUCUAAGCAUUUGGAAACGGUAAUCAAGUCACGGAUUCCAGGCCUUCAAUCUCUCAUCAACAAAACAAUCAUUGAACUUGAAACAGAAUUGAGUCGUCUUGGGAAGCCCAUUGCUACUGAUGCUGGAGGAAAAUUGUAUAUGAUUAUGGAAAUAUGUCGUGCUUUCGAUCAAACAUUCAAAGAACAUCUUGAUGGCAUACGACCAGGUGGUGACAAGGUGUACAGCAUAUUUGAUAAUCAACUUCCUGCUGCCUUGAAACGGUUACAGUUUGACAAACAACUUUCUAUGGAAAAUGUGAGAAAACUAAUUACAGAGGCUGAUGGAUAUCAGCCUCACUUGAUAGCUCCAGAACAAGGAUAUCGUCGUCUUAUUGAAUCUACCUUAAUUACCAUCAAAGGUCCUGCUGAGGCAGCUGUUGAUGCGGUUCAUGGUAUUCUGAAGGAUCUGGUACACAAGUCGAUGAAUGAGACUGCGGAAUUGAAGCAAUAUCCAUCGUUGAGAGCAGAAGUUUUGAAUGCAGCUUGCGAGUCUUUAGAUAAGAUGAGAAACGAAAGCAAGAGAGCUACUAUACAGCUAGUGGAUAUGGAAUGCAGUUACUUGACAGUUGAUUUCUUCCGGAAGCUUCCACAAGAUAUUGAGAAGGGAGGGAAUCCAACACACUCAAUUUUCGAUCGAUAUAAUGAUUCUUACCUUCGUCGAAUUGGAUCAAAUGUGUUGUCUUAUGUCCAUAUGGUGGUCGGGACUCUAAGACACUCCAUCCCAAAGUCUGUUGUGUUUUGUCAAGUGCGCGAGGCUAAACGUAGCUUGCUCGACAAUUUCUUCACAGAGUUGGGUGCAAAGGAGGGAAAACAAUUGGCUAAAUUGUUGGACGAGGAUCCAGCGAUAAUGCAGAGGCGUAUGGACUUGGCAAAGAGGCUGGAAUUGUAUAGAUCUGCCCAAGCUGAAGUUGAUGCAGUUGCCUGGGCUAAGUAGACCGACUCGCUCGCUUUUCUUCUCGAUAGUUAUAGUUUUCCCAGGAAGAAAUGAAGAAAAACCAAAGUCACAACGAUUGUUGUCUGGCAUGGCUGCUUUAGGAGCUCUUCGGUCCGAAUGAAGUUGAAUGCUGCAAUUUUUAUGGAGUUGUACAAUUUGUUGUAUCCUUUUGGUUUGGUGGAAACAAACUUUUGCAGUUGGUCAUUACAUGUGUUAAUAGUUUAUUUGUGUUUUUCAGGUUCUGUUGUAGAUGUUUGUUACGGAGUACGAUGAACAAUUUGUUUCACAUGUUUUCAUCUUUGUUUUAUUGAUUUUUGCAUUAUAUGGUAAA